AUGAAUGUUGUUUUUGUGCUUUGUGCUCUUGUAGCGCUGUCAGUCGGAAUUUUGUUUGAUAAGCCUGGAGAAUGUCCGGAUGUGACGUCACAGGGUCGUGUCGUUCCACUAGUUCCCGGAUGCAAAUCAGAUUUUAAUUGUCUUGAAACGGAUAAAUGCUGCAUGGGAAUGUGCCUGGUUCCCGAAUGUGAUAUGGUGGACGACCAAGUGAUUCAGUGCGAGUUGGAACCAUGCGAAAAUGCAACAUGCUUUAUCAAGAAUGCUGUUUGCUAUUCAGAUCCGUGUAACUUCACCUGUGAGCCAGUCUGGUUGACCCCAACGGAAGACGUCACUGUCGAGUGUUUCCUUGGUGACGAUGAUGAUGACGUCAGCGAAUCAUCUGAGAGUGAUGAUGAUAACGUCAGCGAAUCACAUGAGAGCGAUGAUGAUGACGUCAGCGAUUCAUCUGAGGACGGUGAUGAAGACUCCGACUCCGACAGUGAGGAAUAUGAGGUAUAUUACGCCCAGAUUGAUGUUGAUGACAGCUCAGAUGAAGAAGAGACUGUUGAUAAUGAUGAAAAAGAAGUGAACGACACACAAGUUGACGUCAACACACGCAAUGAUAGUGACGACACCGAUAGUGAAGAAAAUUAUAAGAAAGCAGAAACAGGCGAAGAAAACUUUGACGAUAGUGGCGAUGAUGACGAGGAAAAUGACAUGAGGCCAUACAGUAAAUGGGAACGUAAGAAAUGGCACAAGCAGCAAAAGAAGGAGCGAAAGGACAAGAAGAACGCUGGAAAGGAGGAGAAACAGAAAGUCAAGCAGGAACUAAAAUAUCAGAAAAAUACGAUGAAGGUUCAACGGAAGGCAGAAAAGUUUGCAGAAAAACUGGACAAGUGGCUGGCAACAGGAAGAGAGGAUAAAUUGAUUAAAUGGAGAACCAAGUUGGAGAAAAAGGCUGAAAAGAAGUAUGAAAAGGCGAAAGGCAAGCAGAACAAAGAUAGAGGUAAUCCAAAACACAAAGUCAACGAAUUAUGGGAAAAGAGGGAAGAAAGGAUUGCUAGACUUCUAUCAAUGUCACAAGAGGAACGGAAUGCGUAUUGGGGAGAUCAUUUUGGGCACGAGAACGGAUUCUGGUCGAGAAUGGAUCAACCGGAAGUUCCCGAAAAUCUAGAGAGCCAAGAAACGGACGACCGAAAUUACAGUAAAGACAGAAAUGGUUAUUGGAAGAACAAAUUCGAUAGAAAGAAAGACAAGAAAGAAAAGAAAAGGAACAAAGUUCAAAGGCGCUGGAAAGGCAGAAAAUGGCAAUAGCUGUGAUUUGCAUAGAAACAAUGGAUAUAUUUAUGUUUUAUUUGUAGCAUGAAUUGGAGACAAAAAACUAUCAAUGGCGAACUUAACAAGCACAUAGAAAACGAAAACAAACGGCUGAAUGGUAAAUUGAAAUUCUUAAACAAAAGAAUACAAAUGUAAGUGUGACAAUAAAAGAUUCGCCUACGUUCACGUGGUUCUCUGUCAUUAUGUAGACUUGAAUUCAGGUGUUCUGUUCUUGAUAUGCAUGUAUUACCAACG